GCCAUAAGGCGACGCCACAGGGAGUCCGAACGCGCUUCUACACAGUCACUUGUUCGCCGUCGCCAUGGCUGAGUCCGUGUUUACGUACGACGCCGCCUCGUGGUGCGUGACGCAAGAGAUGAGAGAUGCUUUUGACACCAACGGCUACAUCCUCGUCAGAAACGCCUUCAGCCCCGAAGAAAUGAGGAAGGUGCGGGCGUUCGUAGAGGGCAAUGACGUCAUCCAAGAGCGAGCCUACAGUCGAGACGACGGCAAGAACAGACGGAGCCGCGUCACCCUGUGGAACCACCCGGGCAGAGACGUCCUCGGGGUGCUGGCCAGGACGCAGAGGGUAGCCGGUACCAUGGAGCAGCUGAUGGGCGGUCAGGAGGUUUACCACUACCACAGCAAACUCAUCAUGAAAGACGCACGUACGGGAGGUCGGCACGUCUGGCAUCAAGACUAUGGAUACUGGUACAAGAACGGCUGCCUGUAUCCGGACAUGGGCUCCGUGUUUAUCCCGAUCGACGACUGCACGAAGGAGAACGGCUGCCUACAAGUCCUCAAGGCUUCGCAUCGCCUUGGCCGCAUCGACCACGUCAGGAUCGGCGAGCAGCUCGGAGCAGAGCCGGAGAGGGUGGAGAAGGCCAAGGAGCAGCUAGAACACCUCCACCUCGAGAUGAGCGCCGGAGACGCCCUGUUCUUCCACUCCAACCUCCUCCACACCUCCGACCAGAACGCCUCUGAUCUCCGCCGCUGGGUGUUCAUCGUGGCGUUCAAUCGGCGUUCCAAUAACCCCUACAAAGAGCAUCAUCACCCGCGGUACACGCCCUUGACGAAGGUUCCGGACUCCGCGCUGCUUGAUUGUGACGAAGGAAGCGACUCCAACGGCCAGUGGUUCAUCAAACUCGAUGAUGACAUUUCCAUUCGCGAGAGGGUUCACUGACAGCUUCGAAGCCCAGAAUGAAACGCGGUUCGAAAGCCUAGAAUGAAACGCAGUUCGAAGCCCAGAAUGAGACGCGGUUUGAAGCCUAGAAUAAGAUGUUGUUCGAUGCCUAGAAUUAGAUGCUGUUCGAAGCCCAGAAUGAAACGCGGUUCGAAGCCCAGAAUGAGACGCGGUUCGAAGCCUAGAAUAAGAUGUUGUUCGAUGCCUAAAAUUAGAUGUUGUUCGAAGCCCAGAAUGAGAUGAGAAUCGAAGCCCAGAAUGAGAUGAAAAGAAGCCUAGAACGGGAUGAAGUUCGAAGUCAAGACUAAGAUAGUAUUAGAAACCUAGAAUGAAAUUUAAGCUUGAAAUAUAGAUAAGUAAAGAGAUAAGUAGAUGAAUAUAGACAGAUAGAUGGAGAUAACAAGGCUUUAAAUACAGCUUUUCUUUAUCUAGAUGAAGUCGAGAAUGAGAUACGGUUCGAAUCCGAGUUCGAGAUCUUUGAAGUGAGAUUUAAACACGGGCUUAGAGCGGAAUGUGAGCUUUAAUGUUUCUAUUGAGGUCCGAUACGAGAUUCUUUCGGUUCAUUUGAAAUUUCGAUUUUAAAUUUACUGAAAUGUUGAAAAAAAAAAAUACAAUACGAUAAAUCUACGGUUCUUUCGACGCUUGCUUCGAACCGCGAAUCUGACAAUGAGAGACAUUCGAAUCUUAUGAAAUUAAAUAAAUUGUGGCGAAGAAGAAUUUAACUGUUUUUCAUGUUGGUACGUUUUUGUUUAAUCUUUUUUCGUUAACUUGAGAAUAAAUUAUAAAUUUUC